UAUGCCUCAUGACACAUUUCUUAGAAUAUUGAAAAAAGGACCAUUCCAUAUAUCUCUUUCAAAAACACUUGCUAGCCAUUUAAUUCAUAUUUUAGCAACUCUACAUAAUCAUUAGAUUGCUCAUUGUGACAUUAAGCCAGAGAAUAUAUUGAUUGCUGCAGAUUAUAAAGUGAAAUUAUGUGAUUUUGGCUUUGCUCGAAUUACCUAAUAGUUAUCAAGACCUCCUGGAGGAACACCUGGAUAUACAGCACCAGAAAUUUAUAAAGGAAAUAAUUUAGAUUUAUUUAAAUGUGACAUUUUUGCCCUAGGAGUAGUAAUAUUCAUUAUAGUGAUGGGAUUUCCUCCAUUUUAGAGCAAUGAUCCAACUUUGAGAGACUAAUGGUGGAAUAUGAUACUUAAUAAAUAAUAUGACAUUUUUUGGAAGAAAUGCGAGUAAUAUCGAUAGCAAAAGUAUCCCUUAGAAUUUAAAGAUAUGAUUAUGCAAAUGUUAGAGCCUGAUCCUGAUAAAAGAAUUAAUAUUACUUAAUUAAGUCAGCAUUCUUUUUUAUAAAAUGGUGCAUCAAUUGAAUAAAUAGUUUAGGAACUUCAAAAGAGAGUCAAAAAGUGA